UAUAACUGGCUGAUCUCAGAUUUGGUAUAUGUGGAUCGUACUUUAAAUACUUCGAAGCAUUUGUCGUUCUAAGCGGACUAUUCUGUUGCGGCCAUUGCGGUGACGAUAAUCUAUCUAGUGGUGCGUCGAUAGCGUGUCAUUGCUUGUCGUUUUUGUAGCGUAAUACACGACUUCGAACACAGCGUGAACGGAGCCACCAAGUAGUGUCAAAAUGGCGGCAUGUGAAGGUUCUGCGAGUGCAAAUCCGAAUUGCGAAGUAGUGCGCGGGCAAACAUUUGAGGUCGGUCCGCGCUACACAAAUCUAUCAUACAUGGGCGAAGGCGCCUACGGCAUGGUCGUGUCUGCCUACGACAAUAUAACGAAAACAAAAGUAGCUAUUAAAAAAAUUUCUCCGUUCGAACAUCAAACAUAUAGCCAGAGAACUUUAAGAGAAAUUAAAAUUCUUACGAGGUUUAAGCACGAGAACAUAAUAGACAUAAGGGAUAUAUUAAGAGCACCUACUAUAGAGCAAAUGAAAGACGUAUAUAUUGUUCAAUGUUUGAUGGAAACUGAUUUGUACAAAUUAUUGAAGACACAGGCAAUUAGUAACGAUCAUAUAUGUUAUUUUCUGUACCAAAUAUUGCGAGGGUUGAAAUACAUACACUCAGCAAAUGUACUACAUAGAGAUCUAAAACCAAGUAAUUUAUUGUUAAAUACCACUUGUGACCUUAAGAUCUGCGACUUUGGUUUAGCGAGAGUUGCGGAUCCGGAGCACAAUCAUGCAGGUUUUCUUACGGAGUAUGUGGCAACAAGAUGGUACAGAGCUCCCGAAAUUAUGCUUAAUUCCAAGGGUUACACCAAGUCUAUAGACAUUUGGUCGGUAGGUUGCAUCUUAGCAGAAAUGCUCUCGAGACGAGCGAUAUUCCCCGGGAAACAUUAUCUAGAUCAAUUGAAUCAUAUUCUCGGUGUUCUCGGCUCACCUUCUCCGGAGGAUCUUGAAUGCAUUAUAAAUGAGAAAGCACGUAAUUACCUACAAUCAUUGCCUUAUAAACCAAAGGUACCAUGGACAAGUCUAUUUCCAAAUGCUGACCCAAGAGCUUUGGAUCUUUUAGAUAAAAUGUUGACAUUUAAUCCCAACAAACGUAUCGUAGUAGAAGAUGCACUUGCGCAUCCUUAUUUAGAGCAAUAUUACGAUCCUGCCGAUGAGCCUGUGGCGGAGGAACCGUUUAAAUUUGACAUGGAGUUAGAUGAUCUUCCAAAAGAAGUACUAAAACAAUAUAUUUUUGAAGAGACUAUAUUGUUCCAAAAUCGUCAAGAGAACACUAUGUAGAGUCAACUGGCAUAUUGUUGCCGAAACUGCGAUAGCAAAUAUACGUGAUGAGUAAAACGCUAAAAAAGAAUACAAAAUAUAAAAUAAAAAUAAAAGCAAAACAGCGGAAUUGGUAUAAACAAAACACUUCAGCAAUCCUUUAUCACUGUUAUUAUUGCUAAGUAUCGGAAAAAUAAAAAUAUGCUAAGAUAUCGACGAAAAAUUAGUUACCGAUCAACGAACGAUUAAUCGAUCGAUUAAUUGGGUAAAUAAAAAACGACCGCAGUGUCCGCGCAUAUAUUUGUACACUCGCAUAUUCUUAUCGAAAAAAAAAAAACAAUGUUUCUCGUAUGUUAUACUGAGAACAAUAUAUUAUAGCAUAAUAUCAACUAAUACACAGGCAUUAAUAUAGUCCUUUAAGGUACAAAUAUCAAGAGUAGUAUCUCAUGUCAAAUACACGCACGAGCGCUGAGAUUAUAUUCUAUAUGCUCUGAGCACAUUUAGCGUAAUCUGCCCGUCGAUUAGUCGUUCGGUAAGUUGAUGUAUUACGUGACAAACAACGUCAAAUGUAGAUAAUAUCACGCGUAAAGUGCAUUGAGUAUAAAUAUUUAUUCCUAAAAGAGACUUCAUUAAUGCCGAUCUGUGUACAAUCUCUUUUUAUUUAUCAUCGUCGUACUGUACCGUACUGUACUGUACCACGCGCGUACCAUCUGUGAUUUAAUUGUAAAUUGCGAGCGUGAUAAAACGUAACACACGACGCUGUCUUCGUUCCAUAUUUUUUUUAAAUUCCAUUUACUCCGAAAAUGAGAAGAGUAUACCGCGUAAUGGUAUAAUGUAACUGGCAAUACAAUUCUACUAUCAUGUCUAUGUUUCCUGUCAAGAUAUCGGAACUAUCAACAUCAAAUAUUUUCUUCACGAUUUGGAUUCUUGUAAUUCUUGUAUUAUUUAUUUUGUAUAUUUUCGUCUCGUGUAUGGAUGAGCGCGCGCGUGUGUAUGCGUGUGUGUAUGUGUGUAUGAAUGAGUGUUUAACAGAACCUCGUUUGAUAUUUGAUGUAUCUUUGAUAGUCAACCGCUAUAGCGAAAUAUGACUUACAAGCGCCACGGUCGACGUAUCUCUAUACGAGGAUAACAGAAUACAAUUUAUGUUAAAAAGAGAAGGAAAAAAAGACAAAGAUCAGAGAAAAAUGUUGAUCAUCUGAACGUUAUGAUAAUUAUGCCCGAGAGUAAUAAUAUAUAAAUAAAGGAAUAAUUCUCCCACAUAUAUAGGAAAGGGUCCCAAUUUUUUAUUUUUAUCAUUUAUAUUUUGUUGGGGAUCUUAUAAAUUAUAUAGUAUGUACAAAAUUGUCAACGCGUGCGCGCGAUUUUGAAACUGUAGUUUAAUUUACCACAACUUUCCAAUAUCACAAUUUAAAAUCUUUCUGUGAAAAAAGUCGAUUUUAAAAAUUAAAUUUGUUAAUAAACUUCAAUAACUCCAUUUGACUUUACCUAACUUAUAGGGAGAAAUUCCUUGAUUUUGUUCUCACUAACAGUUGUUA